CCCAUCUAUUCCAAUUUUCUGUAGGGUUUUUAUCAGAAAUUGGUGUUGGAUUUUAUCAAGUGCUUUUUCUGCAUCUAUUGAAAUGAUCAUAGGGAUUUUAUUCCUGACUCUUAAUAGAGUGUGUUACAUGUAUUGAUUUACGUAUGUUGAACCAUCCUUGUAUCCCUGGGAUGAAUCCCACUUGGUCAGGUUGUACGAUCUUGAAUUCAGGGCAUGUGAUCUGAGCUACAUACAUUCUCCACUUUUUAAUGUUAUUAUUUAAUUCUGACAGUGAGUCUCUGUGAUAUAUAAGGUGAGGGUUGAAUUGGAUGCUGCUGCCUCAAGCUAGGAGAGUGGUGUGAAUACAGAUGUGCACAACAAAGCUGUGGAGGCAGUGACCUUCGAGGAUGUGGCUGUGAACUUCACCAGGGAGGAGUGGGCUUUUCUGGAUCCAUCCCAAAAGAAGCUCUACAGAGAUGUGAUGUGGGAAACCCUUAGGAACCUGGCUGCCAUCGGGAGAAGCUCAGGUGACCAGCAAAUUGAAGAUGAGUACAAAACUUGGAGUAAAAGUCUAAGAAGUUUAGAAGGAGAGAAAUCCUGUCCAUAUAAAUUAUGGUACCAAGAUGGAGAAAUGGUUGUUCAGACUCCAGAUAUUGUUCCAAUUUUAGUAUAUGUGCUGCCGAAGCGAGCACGUCAGACUCCAGAUACUAAUGUGCACAUGAAACUUGUUCAUAUAAAUCCAGGUGAAAGGCUUUCCUCUAGAAGGCCCCUGAUUGGUCAUUCAUCAGCAAAUGGGCCCAUCACAGCUAACGCUGGACUCAAAUCACAUGAGCAGCAGGGAUUGGAAGAGACGUUGUCUAACUGUAACACACAUGGGAAAACCUGUGCUAAGCUCCAGUCCUCUCAGAAACUUGCAAAGACAAGUCCUGGGGAGAAACCCCAUGAACACAGGCCAUGUGGAAAGUCCUACUCUGAUUGCACUGAAGAAAGUACCAUUGAAGAGAAGCCAUUUGUUUAUAAGCAAGAUGUGAAAUCAUUCAUUACAGCCAGUGAUGGUCAGAUCAGGCAAAGCAGUCACAGUGAAAUGAAUACAUAUGCAUGUAUACCAUGUGGGAAAAGUUUUAAUUCUCACCAUGAUAUUCAGACCCAUGAAAAAGCUCACACUGGAGGAGAAGUCUGUGUAGGCAAACACUGUGGAAAAUUCUUCAUGAACAACAAUUCAUUUGGUAAUCAUGAAGGAACUCACACUGUAGAGAGACCCUCUGUAUGUAAGCAGUGUGGGAAAGUUUGCAGGAAAAAUAGUCAUUGUCAAAUUCAUGGAAGGACCCACACUGGGGAGAAACCCUAUGUGUGUAAGCAUUGUGGGAAAGCUUUCAACACACACAGUUAUUGUAAAAAACAUGAGCAGAUUCACACUGGGGUGAAACCCUAUACAUGUAAGCAUUGUGGGAAAGCUUUCAGAAGAAACAGUCAUUGUCGAGUUCAUGAAAGGAUUCACACUGGGGAGAGACCCUAUGUAUGUAAGCAUUGUGGGAAAGCCUUCAGAAGAAACAGUCAUUGUCAAGUUCAUGAAAGGAUUCACACUGGGGAGAAACCCUAUGCAUGUAAGCAAUGCGGAAAAGCUUUCCGUUCUCAUGCAAAUUGUCAUACACAUGAACAGACUCACAUUGUGGAGAAACCCUAUGUAUGUAAGCAAUGUGGAAAAGCUUUCCGCUCUCAGGCAAAUUGUCAUACACAUGAACAGAUUCACAUUGUGGAGAAACCCUGUGUAUGUAAACAAUGUGAGAAAGGUUUUGGCACGCACAGUCAAUGUCAAAAUCAUGAAAGGAUUCAGAGUGGGGAAAAUGCAUAUGUUUGUAAGCAAUGUGGUAAAGCUUUCAGGACAUAUAGUCAUUAUCAGAAUCAUGAAGGGAUGCACAAAGGGGACAAACCCUAUGUAUGUAAGCAGUGUGGGAAAGCUUUUAGCACACACAGUUAUUGUCAAAGACAUGAAGGGACUCACACCAUGGAGAAACCCUAUGUAUGUAAGCAAUGUGGGAAGGCUUUCAGCACACACAGUUAUUGUCAAAGACAUGAAGGGACUCACACCAUGGAGAAACCCUAUGUAUGUAAGCAGUGUGGGAAGGCUUUCAGCACACACAGUUAUUGUCAAAGACAUGAACAGACUCACACCAUGGAGAAACCUUAUGUAUGUAAGCAAUGUGGGAAGGCUUUCAGUAGACGAGAGAGUUGGCAAAUACAUGAAAGGAUUCACACUGGGGAGAAACCUUAUGUAUGUGAGCAAUGUGGGAAAGCUUUCAUCACACGUGGUGCUUGUGCACGACAUGAACUUACUCACACUGGUGAGAAACCCUAUGUAUGUAGGCAAUGUGGUAAGGCUUUCAGAACACGUGCUGAUUGUCACUCACAUGAACAGAUUCACACAGGGGAGAAACCCUAUGUAUGUAAGCAAUGUGGGCAAGCUUUCAGCACACGUGGUACUUGUAGAGGACAUGAACGCAGUCACACUGGUGAGAAACCCUAUGUAUGUAGGCUUUGUGGAAAAGCUUUCAGAAUACGUGCUGAUUGUAGAACACAUGAACAGAUUCAUACAGGGGAGAAACCCUAUGUAUGUAAACAAUGUGGGAAAGCUUUCAGCACACAAAGUUAUUGUCGAAGACAUGAACGGGCUCACACCAUGAAGAAACCCUAUGUAUGUAAGCAAUGUGGAAAGGUUUUCAGCACACAGUUACUGUCAAAGACAUGCACGGACUCACACCAUGGAGAAAUCCUAUGUAUGUAAGCAAUGUGGGAAUACUUUCAGCACACAUGGUGCUUGUCCAUGACACAAACUCACACUUGAGAGAAACCCUAUGUAUGUAGGCAAUGUGGAAAAGCUUUCAGAACAUGUGCUGAUUGUUAAAACACAUGAACAGAUUCACACAGGUGAGAAACCCUAUGUAUGUGAGCAAUGUGGGAAAGCUUUCCAUACACAUGGUGGUUAUACACUACACAAAUGCACUCACACUGGGGAGAAACCAUAUGUAUGUAGGCAAUGUGGAAAAGCUUUCAGAACACAUACAGUUUGUAAAAUACAUGAACGAAUUCACACAGGUGAGAAACCCUAUGUAUGUAAACAGUGUGGGAAAGCUUUCAGCACACACAGUUAUUGUCAAAGACAUGAAUGGACUCACACCAUGGAGAAACCCUAUGUAUGUACACAAUGUGGGAAGGCUUUCAGUAGACGAGAGAGUUGGCAAAUACAUGAAAAGACUCACACUGGGGAGAAACUUUAUGUAUGUAAGCAAUGUGGGGAUGCUUUCAACACACAUGGUGCUUGUACACGGCAUGAACGCACUCAUACUGGGGAAGAAGCCCUAUGUAUGUAGGCAAUGUGGAAAAGAUUUCAGAACACGUGCUGUUUGUCAAACACAUGAACAGAUUCACACAGGGGAGAAGCCCUACAUAUGUGAGCAAUGUGGGAACUCAACACAUGUGGUGCUUGUAGACUACACAAAUGUACUCACUGGGGAGAAACCUAUGUAUGUAGGAAAUGUGGGGAAGCUUUUAGAACAUGUGCUGCUUGUAAAACAUGAAUGGUUUCACACUGGGGAGAAACCCUGUGUAUGUAAGGAAUGUGGGACAGCUGCUAGCAACACUUGUUUUUCCAAGACAUGAAUGGCCUCACAGUGAGGAGGAACCAUAUCUAUGUAAUCACUGUGGGAAAACUUUCAACACACAUGGUUUCUGUCAAAUACCAUGUGUAUGUGACACUGGAGAGAAACCCUCUCUAUAUAAACAGUUGUGGAAAGCUUUCAGCUUAUAUGAUAAUUGUCAAAAACAUGAAAGAUCAUACUCCAUUGAAUCACUAAGCACUGGGUGACUGCAUUCAAUACACAGACAAAUUGUCAAAUACAUGAAAGAAAUUACACUUGUGAGGAAGACUAAUCAUGAAAAGCUUCACUGAAGCAAGCAUCGUGCACAGUAAUGGGGGAGUAAAAUAAUUGAAUACAUAAAGUCACUUACACUGACAUGAAUGUGCCUGGGGAAAAUCUUUUCAAGUAGAUGGUGUAAAACCUGUGAGUCUAUAGAGAUGUUACAUACAUGUAAGAUUUCAUAGUGAAGAGAGUAGAAAUCUGUGUGAGCAAUGUAGAAAUAUUUUCAAUUGCCUCAUACAUGGUUUGUGGUUUUUUUAUGGUACCGGGGAUUGAACUCAGGUCAUUAUGCUUGCAAGGCAGGCAGCAGAACCACUGAGCUAAAUCCCCAACCCAGUUGCCUCAUACAUGAAAGAACUCCCACUAUAGAGAAAUCCUGUAGAAAUAAUGUCAGACAGCAUUGUGUAUUUCCCAUAACAUCAGAAAAUGUACAGAUUCAUGGGUGUUGGUAUAAAGAAUAUGAGAAAUCAUUUUUCCAUCACUUCAUGACACUGCGUUGCACAGUGGAGAAAUUCAUAUCAAUGCAUAUUAUGCGGGAACACCUGUAGUCAUUUUGGUUUAAUUGACAGUGCAAAUACACAGUAUUGUGAGAAAUCAGUAUGAGGGAAGUACACAAAUUAUCAGUUGUCCUGCCUGAAACAGUGAAUAUUUUCUGAAGCACCUGUCAGCGUACAGAGUUCUCAUAACUCAUUUUCCAAAGCCUUUGAUCACUUCUUAUGUCAUAUGCACCUAAAAAAUUAAAUGUCAAUUAUUUCUCCAGAAAAUACACAACCAGAGCAGAUGUCCUAAAGUGUAUGUAUGUCAUUAGCUCAGUCUUAAGGUGGCUCUCUGGACUAAAAAUUUUAAGUUCACUUUCCUGAAUGUUGUGGUCACAUAAUUUUUACAUUUAGGUAAGCAAUAGAAUGACACUGUAAGUUGAGUAAUUGUCUUCCUUAUGUUGCGGUAUGUUAGAUUCACACAUGAAUUCCCUCAUUCAUUAUAUGCCAGUAGGCUCCAUAUCUUGUAGGAAUUUUUGUUUUGUUUUUUGGUACAAGGGAUGAAACUCAGGACCUUGUGCUUGUGAGGCAGGCAGUGGAACCACUGAGCUAAAUCCCCAGCCCUACAUUUGUUUCAUUUGUUUUCUUUUGCUUUUAGUUAUUAGGGAAUAAUACAACUCCAAAACAAUUUUGCUUAAAUGUCAUUUUUCUAGUAGCUUCUAUUUAAACUUUGGUGUAUAUAUCUCAUUCUAGAAAAAUUUUUAAUUGAAUGUCAUAUUUUAUAAUGUUAUUAGUAUCAGUUUCUGCACAUGUGUUUCAAGAGUUCAUCUGUUUUCAAACAUAGUGUAAAUUACCAAAUGUUUUUAAUAUUCUUAGAAGAUAUCUGUUCCAACAUAUUACAGAUUAUAUCCUCUGCAUCAGAGCCAUUUUUAGGGCCGAGAAUUUAGCUCAGUGGUUUCACCACCUGCCUCACAAGCGCAAGGACCAGAGUUCGAUCCCCGGUACCAAAAAAAAAAAGAGCCAUUUUUGUAUGUGUUCAGUAUUAAUAAUUUUUGUUCAUUCAAUUUUAGUUUUCAUGUUCAUGUUGCCAUGAUUUAUUUUGGCGGUAAUUUUUAAAUCUGUUGUGCAAAAAAAGUAUUUUUCUGAGACCCACACUCCCAGAGGCCAGCAGGACCAUAUUUUUUUCAAAGAAUAUAUAAUUAAUUCUAAUAAUUAACCACUCCACAAGCUAUGAAUGAUAAGAUUUGGUAGGAAGUACAUUCAUAGAGGAAUUUUUGACAGUGUUGAAAUUGUUUUGACAGUGAUUUCUACUCUUUGUACUGAAGCAGUCUUUAGUUUUUGGAUGCUGUGAAUACCAAUUUGUGCUUUGAAAAUCCAUUUUGUUUUUUUUGUUUUUGUUUUUGUUUUUUUUUGGUACCGGGGAUCGAACUUGGGCCCUUGUGCUUGCCAGGCAGGUGACGGAACCACUGAGCUAAAUCCCCAGCCCUCCAUUUUGUUUUUUAACCUGGGAAUCUUAAAUGAGUUUGUAAAAAAAGAA